GGUUAAGAACUUGAAGAUCCCAGAAAACGCAGCCAAUAAUUCUAUGAAAACCAGAUAACAAGACCCAGAAAGAUCCCGACUUUAAUGGGAAAGUCCCUCCCUUCCUCGACCCGGUUCCAAAACUUGACCCGAAUCAUCGCCUCCGAAAAGUUCUCGCGCCCGACACGCCCGAUCCAAGUCCGGGUUUCGCCGCCGCAAACCGCGAAAACGGGUACCAGUCUCCGGGUCGACUCGGAGCUAGUCGGGCUGAAGAUGGAGAGCUCCGAAGGGCAGAGUCGGGUCCCGCUGGCCCGGGUUGUAUCGGACUGUGCGAAGCGGUGGUUUCAGGACACGCUGAAGGAGGCCAAGGGCGGCGACACCGCAAUGCAGGUGUUGGUGGGGCAGAUGUAUCACAGUGGCUAUGGUGUUGAGAAGAACCCAGAAAAGGGACAUGCUUGGAUUAGUAGAGCUUCAAGAAGUCGAAGGGCAGUUUGGAAAGUAAGCCAGAAGCAACCAGGUUACCACGCAAGUGAUUCCGACUCGGAUGAAUUGGAAGAUGUUGCAAAGUAAAGGCCAACUGCACUUUCGUUUCAAAUUUACUUUUGAGGUUGGGUUAAUCUUCUUUCGUUCGUACUGUUAUUGAAGAAGCUUUGUGGUUUGAUUUUGACGUAUAACUAAGCAAUGGAAGAAUUGAUAUCUACCUCUGCAUAAACAAGUCUUUUGAUUAUCUAUCUGAAGUUAUGCCUUCAAUGCAAGUAACUGAAUUCUGAAACCUAUAAUGAGUAAUUAAGAGUUGGCCUUCGUAUUAUAGCUAUAUACGAACUUAGUUUUGUGGAGUUACAUGCCUUUGUAUUUAGGGAUAUCGCAUUCUGGUCACAAAGCAAGUAGCUGCUAGAAAUAUUAAAUAGGAAGGAACUUCUAUAAAUCUGUGUAGUAAAUGUUUUCCUGCAACAUGUUAUUAAUAGCUCUGAUCAGAAUAAAACUAGACAGCAAAAAAUAGUAAUGCAGAUCGUUCUGCAAUUCAGAUAGAAGUGAUUCAAAUAAAUCUCAAA